GCAUGAAAUGGGUGAGGGUGACCUUGGCUACAGCUGGGGGGUGCAGCCAGGCCCACGAGGGUGGGGAAACUGAGGAGAGAGGCUCCCUUGUUCCUCCUGCCCCAGACUUCCCUUGGGGUUUCCUCUUCCUGCCUAGGCGAUCCCCGGAGGACCCUGACUUCUGGGUGGGUGCAGGGGCACUGGGAUUGGAUUUCUGGGGUAAUGAAUAUUCAUCAGCCUGAUCCGGCCUCUGCUUCUGUUUACUUAGCCGGGAGGGGCUGGGUUUCAGGUUCACCUUGACUCCUGGAGCCGCAGCGGAGCAGGUACCCGCUCCUGCACCUGUUUCUCUUGCACCUGCCGUCCAGCUGCUCCUACCCAGCUCUCCUGGCCUGAGCCUUGCCUGGUGCGGCACCCUGGAGGCACCCCUACCUCCUCCAGUCUCCCUCCCGGGCAGCUGCCACGCUCAGCUCCUUCUCUAAGGAAGGUCUCACCUCCAGCCCCGAGCAGCCAGGAUUACAGAAAGCCCCACCCUUGGCUCGGGGAACGCCAUGACCGAAGUGGGCUGGUGGAAGCUGACCUUCUUGCGGAAAAAGAAAUCCACACCCAAGGUGCUCUAUGAGAUCCCCGACACCUAUGCCCAAACAGAGGGCAGCGCAGAGCCCCCUGGGCCCGAGGGCGGAGGCCCCGACGGCAACUUUAACACCCGCCUGGAGAAGAUUGUGGACAAGAACACAAAGGGCAAGCAUGUCAAAGUCUCCAAUUCGGGCCGCUUCAAGGAGAAGAAGAAAGUCCGAGCCACGUUGGCAGAGAACCCCAACCUCUUUGAUGACAGGGAAGACAAAGGACAGUGAAGGGGGCCAAGGAGGAUGCUAGCACCUCCCCACUCCUGCCGUCAGCCGGAUCUGAGACAGGAGCUUGCCACGCUGGCCUCCUUGGCCACAGUUGAAGCCAUGGGGGCAAUUGAUGCCUGCUGGCAGGAAAUGUCUGGUUUUAGGUUUGUAUUUAUAUACCCCAGCUUUCUGGAAGGCCUGGGAGAUCCCAGGGUACUCCCACGUCCCCCAGCACAUACAGAAGCACUCCAGUCCGAGGAUGAGAGCCCCACCCAGGAAGGACGGCCCUCCUCGCUGUGGCGGUGCCAGCAGGGAGGUGGGCAUGGCAAGAAAUGGAGAGAGGGAGCAGAGAGACUUCACUUCCUCCAGGGGCACAGGGUCAAGGGUGAGUUUCAGUUGCUCCCUCUACCUUCUCUACCUGUAACUGUUCGCUGGACCAAUUCUGAGAGUGAAUUUUCCAGAAGCCACAUGAUGGGGUGGUUUCCUGGAGCUGGAGGAGGUGGAGACCCUGAACUUGAGCUCACUUUCCAUCACAAGAGGGAAGCUUCCUGGAACGUGGUGCCCAGGUGUGCGGGGAGAGAAGGACGCUGGGUGGUGCUGCAGAAGGCCAGGCGAGGGACCCCAUGGCUCCCUGCACACAUCCUCAAAGGGCGCUGCACUCGGGGAGGGGGGAGGGAGUGUUGGUAGGAGCUAAGAGCAGCUAACUCUCUUCUCCCCUUCUCCUACUAGUAUUUAAGAGGGACAGGCCCCAGAGAUGAGUCCUGGAGCCUAGAAUUUUGCUUAAAAAAAUAAUUGUAGGUUUCUCUUUGUAAUAAACGAUGAUGCAAAAGCAGAGAAC